AGUAAAGAAAAUUGAAGAAACAGAGAGACACUUCUCUACUCUUCUUCAUCUUCUUCUUCCUCCUUUUUAUUUCUCUCUCCUAGGGUUGCAUUUCUAGAGAGAGAAUGGAUUGAGAUUUCACAAAUCUCUCUCUCUCUCUCUCUUAUUUUCUUUCCUUAACACCAUUCAGCUUCUUUGCCAUGGAGGACAAGGAUUCAAUUGCUAAAAUGAUAGACUCUACAUCUUCGAAGAUACAACAGCUGCAGAAGGCAUUUGCUGAACUUGAAAGUUAUCGAGCUGUUACUCUUAACUUGAAAUGGAAAGAACUAGAAGAACAUUUUCAAGGGCUGGAGAAAUCUUUGAAGAGGCGUUUUAAUGAACUGGAAGACCAAGAGAAAGAGUUUGAAAACAAGACGAGGAAAGCUCGGGAAAUGUUGGAGAAACAGGAAGCUGCUGUUUUUGCUAAGGAGCAAGCCUUGCUGCAGAGACUUCAAAGGAAAAGAGAUGCUUCUGUAUUCACCAUUGUAGAUGCUCGAAAAAAGUACAGGAAGGUUUCAUCAAAGGAUUUGGGUACUGUCUUUAAUGGGAGUCAAGCGGCACCAGAUGUCAAGGAGAAACCUGUGGAUGCUGUAUCCACUGGGGCUGAAUGCAACAUAGAAAAUGGGAAACUUUCUCCUGCAAAUGUAAGUGUGGACAUGAUGUCUUAUCCGGAGUUGGUAAAACUAUGCAAAGAGAUGGAUGCUGCUGGACUUCACAAAUUUAUAUCUGACAACCGUAAGAACCUUGCUGCUGUAAGGGAGGAAAUACCACUUGCAUUAAGAGCUGCCCCCAAUGCUGGCUGUCUAGUUUUAGAUUCUUUGGAAGGAUUUUAUUGUACGGAAGUGUCAAGUCAGGAUAUAAAGAAGGAUGCUAACUUGCUGGGUCUUCGCAGAACCAGUAUCAUGUUGCUAGAAUGUCUAAGUGAUUUCCUGACCAAUUUGGGUUCUGUUUCUAAUGUGAUUUCCAAAGAUAUCAAGGAUAGGGCAAAGGCAGUUGCUGAAGAGUGGAAACCGAGAUUGGAUGAUCUUGACAUGGAUGCUAGCAAUGGGAAUUCCUUGGAGGCUCAUGCCUUUUUGCAACUUCUAGCUAGUUUUGGUAUUGCCUCUGAUUUUAAUGAGGAGGAGUUAUCCAGGCUAAUUCCAAUGGUAUCUCGGCGUCGCCAAACUGCUGAUUUAUGCCGAUGCCUUGGGUUGUCGGAGAAGAUGCCUGGUGUGAUUAAAGUUUUGGUAAAGAAUGGGAGGCAAAUUGAUGCUGUUAACUUGGCUUUUGCAUUUGAUCUUACAGAUCAGUUCUCACCUAUUCCUCUGCUUAAGUCUUACCUGAAUGAUGCUAAGAAAACUUCUUCUCCAGUCAAGAGUGGUAACUCAUCUCCCACUGCACAGCUUGAUGUUAAUGAAAGAGAGCUGUUUGCUCUUAAGGCCGUAAUCAAAUGCAUUGAAGAACAUAAACUUGAGGAGCAGUAUCCAAUCGAUUCUCUCCAGAAACGAAUGAUCCAACUAGAGAAGGCCAAGGCCGAUAAGAAGAGGGAAACUGAAGCGACAAAGCCUCAACCCAAAAGACCCCGUGCUAAUGGUGCUGGAUAUGGUCCCCGUGUCACUAACAUUCCUUUUGACAAAACUUCCUAUGGUAGAGUUGCUGACAGGUACCCUCAAUACGUGUAUGACCGCCCUUACAUGUACCCUGCACCAACUGAAAAUCACUGUGCCCCUUUCCUGGCUUCUGCAACCUAUAACGUCUCUCCUAAUCCUGGAACUUACUUUGGAAAUGGCUACCAAUAUCAAGCUACAUAUCUCCACUAAUUAGAGAGACGGUGAACUGAUAACUAUGGUCCCUAUUAAUAUUUAGUCUUAAGUCUUAACCCUUAAGCUGUUGUAUGUUGUACUUUAUAAAUGUAGUCUUCAAGAAUCCCUUAAACAUGUGAAAUGUUAUGUUAAAAUUUAACUUUGGCGCUAGAAGAUAUACUUAUCCUCUAAUGUAUCCACUCUGUUAUGUUCUCGUUUUGUACAAGCUUACUUUGUUGUCUUUGUUUGUA